GACAUAACACGAUUCUUAGCAGCAUUCAUGCCUCCCAUUGAGAGAUGAAGGUACUACAGGUAGUGACUGUAGCUUCUGGACUCGUUUGCCAUGUCAUUGCGGCUUCUGAUGCCACUCGGCCUAGAGGAGUGGGCCCUGAAGUUGCGAAGUAUUAUAAGUCCACAGAGGCCUUCAAGUGCAUAAAUCACCCUGAUAUCGUUCUUGAGACGUCGCAGGUCAACGAUGACUACUGUGACUGCCCAGACGGUAGUGACGAGCCCGGUACAUCUGCAUGUUCCGGUGUCAAGCAGGGCCAACUAGCCAUACCUGGCUUCUAUUGCAAGAACAAAGGUCAUCAGCCGAGCUAUAUUCCACUAUCUUAUGUCAACGAUGGGGUCUGCGACUACGAACUCUGCUGCGACGGAAGCGACGAAUGGGCCGGCAUUGGCGAAAAGUGCCCCGAUAAAUGUGCAGAGAUAGGCAAGGAGUGGAAGAAACAGGAUGAAAAGAGGCAAAAGGCCUUUUCAGCGGCGAUGCAGAGAAAGAAGCAGCUUGUGGCGGAAUCGGCCAGAAUACGCAAGGAAGUGGAGGAUCGGAUAGCGACACUGAAACAGGAGAUCAAGGGAGCCGAGCUCCGAGUUGCGGCGAUGGAGAAGGAGGUUGGCGAAAUCGAGAGGCAAGAGCGGACCAAGGUGGUGAAGGCACCAAAGGAGGGCGGCAAGCUUGGCGUGCUUAUUGAAGCGGCGAAGAGGCGGACGGAAGAGCUUCGAAGCAGUCUCCAGCAGGUCAUGGAGGACCGCGACGAUGCGAGAGCCCGUCUGAAGGAGCUGGAAGAAGUCUUGGCCAGGUUCAAGGAAGAGCGCAACCCAAAUUUCAACGACGAGGGUGUAAAACGAGCUGUGCGUGCGUGGGAGGACUACGCUGCGCGAGAGAAGAGGCCUGACAUGGAGGCCGCCAUGGAGAGAGACAUCAAGGAGAUUGUGAAGAGCGACGAGGAAAAUGGACUCAACUGGGCCGACUUCGCGGAGGACGAGCCCAGCGACGUCGAAGUUUUGUACAGAAUCGAAGAGUAUCUUCCGAAGCCUGUUCGGGACUGGGUUGACCAGAAACUUCGCGGGCUCCGGGUGAUGCUGAUUGAGAACGGCAUCAUCGCUGAUCCCGUGGCGUCAGAAGGCGGCGAAUCAAAGGCGGUCAAGGAUGCAAAGGACAGGCUGAACAAGGUGUCUAAGGAGCUCAAUGACUUCAAGCACGAUCUAAAGGUGCAUGAGGAAGAUCUGGUCAAGGACUACGGUCCGGACGAUAUCUUCAGGACGCUCAGGGACAAGUGCAUCUCUACCGAUUCGGGCGAGUACGAGUACGAGCUGUGCUGGAUGGGCAAGACGACACAGAAGCCGAAGAAAGGAGGCGCGCACACGAACAUGGGCACCUUCACGCGCUUUGACGUCGUCAACGUGGACGAGGAGUUGCCUUCAGACGGACGUGGCUUGGGCACUGGCGUCAGACUGGCGAUGCUGUAUGAGAACGGGCAGCACUGCUGGAACGGACCUGCACGCAGCACGACCGUGAUCAUGGCUUGCGCCGAGAAGGACGAGAUCUGGAAGGUGAUCGAGGCGGAGAAGUGCGUGUACAGGAUGGAGGUCGGCACCGCCGCUGUCUGCAAUGCCAACCUACCUAAUCCGGCGCCAAAGGAGAAGGAUGAGUUGUGAGUUGUUCAGAUGACGAUCUUGUAACCUAUUGCGCUUGAAUGGAGGAAGAUUUGUGUCGCGGUGCACACAAAGAGAAGCGCUCUUGGAGGAAACUGCACGAGUGAGCGAGCGAUUUAAGAACUUUAGCAUAUCCAGGCGUAGAAUUGCUUAUCCAUUGGUUCUAGCAGCUAUCUUCAGCAUCGUGAUUCUUAGUGUUGCAGAUGGUAUUGAAGCCGCAUGUAUCCAGUGGAGGCGGCCGGGCCAUCAAUCAAUCAAUCACAUUGACAAUGUUUGUCAUGA